AUGACGUCCCGCUUCGCAUCACGGAGUGUUCUUAGAUUGUUGGGCUCCGCCCCAAUAUUCGCCGUCACUGGUGGCAUAGCUUUCUACGCAGUGGCAUCAUACACCGAAAGUCCCAGUCGACCAGGAGCCAAGAACAGAUCUCUCCUGCCAAGAGAUAUCCCACCCAGAUUCCCUCGAGUCAAGUCGCGAGAUGAACAAAUAUCUGAGUUGAGACGGAGCGCGAAAAACGAGCUCCAGCCUCCUAAACAUAUAACAUCAAAAUCAUCACAGGGAGGAGAAGCAGACAAUGAUGAAGAGGGUAUAUACGACCUCCUAAUCAUCGGUGCCGGUGCCACGGGGGCAGGCGUCGCGCUCGAUGCUGCGACGCGGGGCUUGAAAAUCGCCCUUGUCGAACGAGAUGACUUCAGCAGCGGGACGAGCAGUAAAAGCACAAAGCUAGUCCAUGGCGGUGUUCGAUACCUCGAAAAGGCUAUCUUGAACCUAGAUUACAACCAGUACAAACUGGUGCGGGAAGCAUUGCACGAGCGCAAAUAUUUCCUCGAUAUCGCCCCGCAUCUCUCGACGUGGCUUCCCACUCUGCUGCCAGUUCGCUCAUGGUGGCAGGCCCCCUAUCUGUGGGCGGGAGCUAAAAUGUACGACAUGCUGGCGGGCCACCAAGGGCCACCCGAAGGUUCAUACUUUAUGACCAAGAACAGAGUGAUGGGCGCUUUCCCAACGUUGAAUGUGGUUGGCUUGGUUGGCGCACUCUGUUACUACGAUGGCCAGCAUAAUGACUCGAGGAUGAAUGUUUCCCUGGCGAUAACGGCUGCGCUGUAUGGUGCUACAGUUGUUAACCACAUGGAAGUUACCAAGUUGGAGAAGGAUGUCAAUGGCAAAAUUUGUGGCGCACAGGUUCGGGACACGCUCAGCGAAACUGGAAAGGAAAAUGUGGCAUUUACCGUACGCGCGAGGGGAGUGGUUAAUGCGACUGGGCCCUUUUCAGACGCUAUUCAGAAAAUGGAUGAGACCACAAAGAAGAAUACAGUGGCACCGAGUAGUGGUGUCCACAUUGUCCUCCCUGGAUGGCUUGGGUCCAAGAAACUCGGCCUCGUCGAUCCCUCAUCAGAUGGACGCGUUAUUUUCCUAUUGCCGUGGGAAGGAAAUCUGAUUGCUGGUACAACAGAUAACCACUGUGAAGUAGAGAGACAGCCUAUCCCUCAAGGGAAGGAUAUCGACUGGAUUUUGAACGAGAUUAGGAAACAGUUGUUACCAGAAAUCAACUUGAGCCGCUCUGAUGUGCUCUCUGCAUGGUCUGGUAUCCGACCACUUGUGCUUGACCCCCUUUCUAAGAACACAGAGUCCCUUGUACGAAGUCAUUUGGUUACGGUCGCAAAGUCUGGUCUGCUCACCUGUGCCGGUGGAAAAUGGACCACGUAUCGCGAAAUGGCCAAGGAUACGGUCGACAAGGCUAUAACAGAGUUCCAAUUGAAGCCACACGGGCAUCAGCAACCCCCUGAUAUCAGUGGUAUUGGUAUUGACGAGACUGCGGUACACCUGGACGGCACCUGCAGAACGGAAUCUCUGCCACUCAUCGGCACACAUGGUUAUCACACAACCCUGUACAUUGACCUUAUCAAGAAGUUCAACUUUGAUUCUGAUGUCGCGCAGCACCUAGCAUGCUCAUACGGUGAUCGCGCAUGGGAAGUGGCUUCCUUGUCUGCAUCCUCUGCCUCCUCGUCUUCUACCUCUCCAACGACCCUCUGCCCUACCUCGCACGCACGCCUCUCCCCUUCCUACCCAUACCUCACAUCGGAAAUCCAAUACGCCAUCAAGAACGAGUACGCAAUGACGGCCGCAGACAUCCUUGCCCGGCGCACCCGCCUAGCCUUUGUGGACACUAAUGCAGCCUUACAGGCGCUACCAGGGUUGAUAGAUCUGAUGGCCGAAGAGAUGAAAUGGAGUGACGUGAAGAAAGAGCGAGAGUGGACUGAUACAAUCCAUUUUCUUGCAUCCAUGGGAUUGCCGGCAGAUAUGAUGAGUGUGACGAGGGAGCAGGUUAUGGCGGGCAAAGUCGCUGCGAAGAUUGGUGAGUAUGCUGUGGCUAGAGAUUGGACGAAUCGGGAGUGA